AUUGUUUUGUUCUAAAAAAAUGGAAAAUACAAAAAUCCUUUCAAUUGCGACUUUAGUCACUGUGGUGUUUCUCAUUUCUAUUAUAAGUGAAAAAACGGAAGCUGCGAAGAAUGAAUUUGUGACGUGUGGAUCAAUAUUAAAACUCAUCAACACAGACUUGAAGUUAAGACUUCAUUCGCAUGAUGUAAAGUAUGGGUCUGGAUCAGGACAGCAGUCUGUGACGGCGGUUGAGGUCUCUGAUGAUAACAAUAGUCACUGGCUGGUUCGCCCUAUGACAGGAGAAACCUGCAAGCGUGGUGCUCCGAUAAAAUGUAACACCAACAUUAGACUUCAGCAUGUAGCUACAAAGAAGAACUUGCAUUCACAUUUUUUUACCUCACCCCUCUCUGGCAAUCAAGAGGUAUCAUGUUAUGGAGACGAUGAGGGUGAAGGGGACAGUGGAGACAAUUGGACUGUGGUCUGCAACAAUGACUACUGGAGGAGAGAUACACCAGUAAAAUUUAGACAUGUUGAUACUGGAUCGUAUCUUGCAGGCUCCGGGCGAACAUUUGGUCGUCCCAUCAAUGGUCAAGGCGAGAUUGUCGGAGUGAGUUCACAAUAUGGUGCUUACACUGACUGGCAAGCAAGUGAAGGUCUCUUUGUUCAUCCUGGAGAACUAUUACCACAUCAGCAUGCUGUACAUACAGAGUUAUAAUAUCUUAAAACUGUACCAUAGCACAAUGUGAUACUUUUAUAGGAGUUAUGUUAUUAUUUAUUUUUAAGUCAAUGAUGAAGUUGGUUGAAUGAACUUUUGAAAUUUUUCAGUUGAGUGUAAUUUAAGAACUGUAUAUGCCACACUAGCAGAAUUUAUAAAUAAAAUUUGUUGGUGAUUACAAA